CUUUUCUGUUUCAGUAGGUCUCAUCUCCUUCAGGAAAAUAUGACGUCACACAGCAGCAUGUCUACUAUAAAAUCAUCCUGAGCCUGAAAAGGACAUCAGACUGUCACAAACUAAAUAAGCAAUAUUUGAAUUAAACAUAUCCUGCAGGCUGCACCUGUUUUUAUUGCUCCUUUACGUCAGUUAUGUUCGUUCAGUAACUGAUAGGUUUAAAUUGUCUAUUCGUGUCUUAUUCUGUGACAGACAGACGCUGCUGUAGAUCUAUAAUGAAAUGAUAAAACAUUAGAGCAGUUAUCAGGUGUUUUCCUUCCAACUAUCAAUAUGUAGAUAUUAUAAAGUAAAAGUUUAAACUGGAGCCACGUUAGCCAAAUGUGCCAAAUAACCUUUAAAACUGCUCCUCUACCUGGAAUGAAUCAGCGCUUUAUAAUCCCUCCCUCUUCUUCUUGCUCUCAAACACAACAAGCUCCACUCUGUGCUCAUAUUUCCUUGUUCCCUCCCCUUCAGAUCUACAGUUUGAAGAUGGGUGUAACCAACAUAUAAAGUAGCACAAGAGCUGUCAGGCUCCAUUUAUUGCAGAAACAGGUGUUGUUCAGAUCAAAGUUCAAACUUGUGUCACUUCUCAGAAAGUGAACCUCAGACAGUCGUUGCCACUGAGAGCUGAAAUGGCGCAGAAAGGACAUCAGCUUUACCGAGAAACGUUCUCUUGUUCCAUCUGUCUGGAUCUACUGAAGGAUCCGGUGACUAUUCCCUGUGGACACAGCUACUGCAUGAGCUGUAUUAAAGGCUUCUGGGAUGAAGAGGAUCAGAGGAAGAUCUACAGCUGCCCUCAGUGCAGACAAACCUUCACACCGAGGCCUGUCCUGGUGAAAAACACCAUGUUAGCAGCUUUAGUGGAGCGGCUGAAGAAGACUGGACUACAAGCUGCUCCUGCUGAUCACUGCUAUGCUGGACCUGAAGAUGUGGCCUGUGAUGUCUGCACUGGGAGGAAGCUGAAAGCUCUCAAGUCCUGUCUGGUGUGUCUGGCCUCUUACUGCGAGACUCACCUCCAGUUUCAUUAUGAAUCACCUAGAUUUAAAAAACACAAGCUGGUCGACCCCUCGGAGAAGCUCCAGGAGAACAUCUGCUCUCGUCAUAAUGAGGUGAUGAAGAUGUUCUGCCGUACUGAUCAGCAGAGUAUCUGUUAUCUCUGCUCUGUGGAGGAACAUAAAGGCCACGACACGGUCUCAGCUGCAGCAGAAAGGACUGAGAGGCAGAGAGAGCUCGAGGUGAGUCGACAAAACAUCCAGCAGAGAAUCCAGGACAGAGAGAAAGAUGUGAAGCUGCUUCAACAGGAGGUGGAGGCCGUCAAACGCUCUGCUGAUAAAGCAGUGAAGGACAGUGAGAAGAUCUUCAUUGAGCUGAUCAGUCUCAUCCAGAAAAGAAGCUCUGAUGUGAAGCAGCAGAUCAGAUCCCAGCAGGAAACUGAAGUGAGACGAGUCAAAGAGCUUCAGGAGAAGCUGGAGCAGGAGAUCACUGAGCUGAAGAGGAAAGACGCUGAACUGAAGCAGCUCUCACACACAGAGGAUCACAACCAGUUUCUACACAACUACCCCUCACUGUCACAACUCAGUGCAUCUACAGACUCAUCCAGCAUCAAUAUCCGUCCUCUGAGAUACUUUGAGGAUGUGACAGCAGCUGUGUCAGAGCUCAGAGAUAAACUACAGGACGUCCUGAGGGAGAAAUGGACAAACAUCUCACUGACAGUGACUGAAGUGGACGUUUUACUGUCAGAAGCAGAACCCAAGACCAGAGCUGGAUUCUUAAAAUAUUCAUGUGAAAUCACACUGGAUCCAAACACAGUGAACAAAAAGCUGUUAUUAUCUGAGGGGAACAGAAAAGCAACAUACAUGAGUCAACAACAGUCUUAUUCUCGUCAUCCAGACAGAUUCACUGGGUGGCAGCAGGUCCUGAGUAGAGAGAGUCUGACUGGACGUUGUUACUGGGAGGUGGAGUGGAGAGGGGGAGGAGUUGGUGUGGCAGUCACAUACAAGAAUAUCAGCAGAGCAGGAAACUCAAAGGAAUGUGGAUUUGGAUUUAAUGACAAAUCUUGGAAGUUACAUCGUAACACUAACAGUUAUGAAUUUUGGUUCAACAACAUCUCAACUCGUGUCUCAGGUCCUGGUUCCUCCAGAGUAGGAGUGUACCUGGAUCACACAGCAGGUAUUCUGUCCUUCUACAGCGUCUCUGAAACCAUGACUCUCCUCCACAGAGUCAAGACCACAUUCACUCAGCCUCUCUAUGCUGGACUUUGUCCUUAUUAUUAUGAUGGAGACACAGCUGAGUUGUGUCACAAGAGCUGUCAGGCUCCAUUUACUGCAGAAACACGUGUUGUUCAGAUCGCAGCUCAAACUUGUUUCAUUUCUCAGGAAGUGAAACUCAGACAGUCGUUACCACUGAGAGCUGAAAUGGCGCAGAAAGGAGUUCAGCUAGACCGAGAAACCUUCUCUUGUUCCAUCUGUCUGGAUCUACUGAAGGAUCCGGUGACUAUUCCCUGUGGACACAGCUACUGCAUGAGCUGUAUUAAAGGCUUCUGGGAUGAAGAGGAUCAGUGGGAGAUCUACAGCUGCCCUCGGUGCAGACAGACCUUCACACCGAGGCCUGUCCUGGGGAAAAACACCAUGUUAGCAGCAUUAGUGGAGCAGUUGAAGAAGACUGGACUCCAAGCUGCUCCUGCUGAUCACUGCUAUGCUGGACCUGAAGAUGUGGCCUGUGAUGUCUGCACUGGGAGGAAGCUGAAAGCCCACAAGUCCUGUCUGGUGUGUCUGGCCUCUUACUGUGAGAAACAUCUUCAGUUUCAUUAUGAAUCACCUAGAUUUAUAAAACACAAGCUGGUCGACCCCUCAGAGAAGCUCCAGGAGAACAUCUGCUCUCGUCAUGAUGAGGUGAUGAAGAUGUUCUGUCGUACUGAUCAGCAGAGUAUCUGUUAUCUCUGCUCUGUGGAUGAACAUAAAGGCCACGACACAGUCUCAGCUACAGCAGAAAGGACUGAGAGGCAGAGAGAGCUCGAGGUGAGUCGACAAAACAUCCAGCAGAGAAUCCAGGACAGAGAGAAAGAUGUGAAGCUGCUUCAACAGGAGGUGGAGGCCGUCAAUCGCUCUGCUGAUAAAGCAGUGGAGGACAGUGAGAAGAUCUUCACUGAGCUGAUCCGUCUCAUCCAGAAAAGAAGCUCUGAUGUGAAGCAGCAGAUCAGAUCCCAGCAGGAAACUGAAGUGAGUCGAGUCAAAGAGCUUCAGGAGAAGCUGGAGCAGGAGAUCACUGAGCUGAAGAGGAAAGAUGCUGAACUGAAGCAGCUCUCACACACAGAGGAUCACAACCAGUUUCUACACAACUACCCCUCACUGUCACAACUCAGUGCAUCUACAGACUCAUCCAGCAUCAAUAUCCGUCCUCUGAGAUACUUUGAGGAUGUGACAGCAGCUGUGUCAGAGCUCAGAGAUCAACUACAGGACAUCCUGAGGGAGAAAAGGCAAACAUCAAACAUCUCACUGACAGUGACUGAAGUGGAUGUUUUACUGUCAGAAGCAGAACCCAAGACCAGAGCUGGAUUCUUAAAAUAUUCAUGUGAAAUCACACUGGAUCCAAACACAGCAAACACAUGGCUGUUAUUGUCUGAGGGGAACAGAAAAGCAACAUACAUAAACCAACAAAAGUCUUAUUCUAGUCACCCAGACAGAUUCACUGUUUAUUAUCAGGUCCUGAGUAGAGAGAGUCUGACUGGACGUUGUUACUGGGAGGUGGAGUGGAGCGGGAGAGGAGUUUAUGUAGCAGUCGCAUACAAGAAUAUCAGCAGAGCAGGAAACUCAAAGGAAUGUCAAUUUGGAUUUAAUGACAAAUCUUGGAUGUUAGAUUGUUUUGCUAACAGUUAUACAUUUUGGUUCAACAACAUCCAAACUCGUGUCUCAGGUCCUGGUUCCUCCAGAGUAGGAGUGUACCUGGAUCACACAGCAGGUAUUCUGUCCUUCUACAGCGUCUCUGAAACCAUGACUCUCCUCCACAGAGUCCAGACCACAUUCACUCAGCCUCUCUAUGCUGGACUUCGGCUUUGUUAUAAUGAUGGAGUCACAGCUGAGUUGUGUAAACUCAAAUAGACAGAAGUCAUUUCAGACUUCAUGUGUCAGAUUCUGUUGUAAUUCUUCAUGUUUUUGUCUC